AUGGAUGAUCCUGAGAAAAAGGACGAUGCCCUCCGCAGGGAUAGCGAUAUUGUCGCGGUCUCCGAUGGCUAUACCGCUGAAGAGGAAAAGGCAGUGUUGCGCAAAAUCGAUAUGGUGAUCCUGCCUUUCAUGUGCUUCGUAUUCUUCCUACAGUAUCUCGACAAGCAGAGCCUGAGCUAUGCGGCAGUCUUUGGCCUGAUUGAUGAUCUGAAUUUAACCAAUUCACAAUAUUCAUGGUCUAGUUCAAUCUUCUAUGUGGGCCAGCUUGUCUCCGAGUAUCCCUUCAUAUAUCUAAUGAGCCGACUCCCACUUACCAAAUUUGUUGGCGCAACCGUCAUUAUAUGGGGUGGCAUCUGCAUGUGUCUGGCUGCACCGAAUAAUUUCGCUGGCUUUGCCACAGUCCGCUUUCUUCUUGGAUUCAGUGAGGGUGCCGUGUCCCCUGCUUUCGUUACGAUCACCGGUAUCUGGUACCGAAAAAAGGAGCACACAGUUCGAACUGCUCUUUGGAUCACCAUGAAUGGACUGGCACAGGUCGUCGGAUGCCUAGUUAUGUAUGGCAUCGGAAAGAAUAAUUCCUUAACAAUCGCACCUUGGCGAGUGCUCUUCCUCAUUUGUGGUGCUCUUACAGUCGUCGCUGGUAUUGGCUUUUUCUUGCUGAUGCCCAGUGGACCCAAGGAUGCCUGGUUCCUCAAUGCACGUGAAAAGAAAGUCCUGUCUCUGCGUAUGGCUGAAGAUCGCGAGGGUGGAGACAAAACCUCAUUCUCAAUCCCCCCAGCUCAAAGAGGCGAUGCUGGACCCCAAGGCUUGGGUAGUCUUCUGGUUUGGCGUCCUGUGGCUGCUGGGUGGGGUCUCAUCGUGGCUGCUUGGAUGUUAUGGACUCAAAAGCCACGCUACACCGAGGGCGUCAUCACUUCCAUUGUGACAUGGUGCCUUCUCUUCAUAACAGUUAUUCUAUAUCGCUUCCUAUGUGCAUCCGAUAACACAAAACGUGAUUCGGAGAUGAGCUUGAAUGCUGAAGCAGCUGGUCUUGAAUUCCAACUCGACGGGAACGGGCUACCAAGGGAUGAUUUAACCGAUAAGGAGGACAGGGAAUUUCGUUAUGCAUUGUAA